UUAUCCCUCAGAAAAACUAAAAGCCAAAACUAGCAAAACACUAUCGCGUCUUCCGUUCACAUUCGCUUCUCUUACUUUUCCUUCAUGAAGAAAGCAACCCUCCACCCACUUCCCAGCCUUCCUCUUCUGCUAUAAGUAUGCAGAACUAUCAGUUCCAGUUCUCGAUCUGCAACAAUGGCUCUCCAUAGCUUCUCCUAUUACUCUCAGCUUCCUUUCAUCAUCAUCAUCUUCUUCUUCUUCCAUGGCGAGGGGGGAUUCUCUCCUUCGCCUGAAGAAGUAGGAAUCUGCGAGGCUGUGGUGCGCCCAUAUGGGUAUAAAUGCCAGGAGUUUGAGGUGACAACUGAGGAUGGUUACAUACUGGGCAUGCAGAGGAUACCUGUGGGGCGCAAUGGAGUUAUUGGAGGGGCAAGGCAGCCAGUAUUGCUGCAACACGGUGUUCUUAUGGAUGGGAUGACCUGGCUAUUGAACUCUCCGGAGCAAUCCCUGGCCUUUGUGCUAGCCGAUAACGGAUUUGAUGUGUGGAUCGGUAAUAUUAGAGGCACUCGCUCCAGCAAUCGCCACGUGUCUCUUACGCCAUCCGAUCGGGCUUAUUGGGCAUGGUCAUGGGAUGAACUAGUGGAGAAUGAUUUCCCAGCUAUGGUAGACUUGGUUGCCAAACAGACAAAGCAGAAGCUGCACUAUGUUGGGCACUCCUUGGGAACGCUCAUUGCUUUGGCAUCUUUCUCAGAAGGAAGGCUGGUGGACAAGCUAAGAUCAGCAGCACUUUUGUGUCCAAUAGCCUACCUUGAUCACAUGAAAACAAAAUUAGGCAUUCUGGCUGCCAGACUCUUUGUGGGUGAGAUCUUGAGCAAUUUGCUAGGACUUGCAGAGUUCAAUCCCAAAGGGCUGGAAGCAUCCAAAUAUUUGAAAAUACUCUGUAGUUAUCCAGAUGUGAACUGCUAUGAUCUCCUGACAGCAUUUACAGCAUUCAGGGAUGGAGCCCUAACAAAAUAUAACUAUGGUGUUAAUAACAUACAAAGAUAUGGUCAGAGCACACCUCCUGUAUACAAUUUAUCAAAUAUUCCCAACAGUCUGCCACUUUACCUAAGCUAUGGUGGGAGAGACUCUCUGUCUGAUACAGAAGAUGUGGAGCAUUUGCUUCAGGAUCUAAAGCUGCAUGAAACUGAUCAAUUAGUUCUUCAUUAUGUACAGAACUUUGCUCAUGCUGAUUUCAUAAUGGGAGUCUCUGCAAAGCAAGUAGUAUAUGAUUCUAUGAUGGCAUUUUUCAGGCAGAUAUAAUGGCUUUUGACAUGUAGAGAUAUUAAGCUCUAUGUUUUUGUAAUUUCUAAGAUGUAUAUAAUGUUAUU